GAAACGUACUGUAAUUCAGAAGACUAGACAAUCAAACCCGAAUUGUAAAUUUGUAAUGUACAUCAUCUUAUCACCACGCACGCAGACGCAGCUCCUUCCGUCCACAGCUUCCAUCCGAUCUCCUCAAAGGCUCAAACUCCUUCAGUUCCCUCCAUCCACAGCCACAAAGCCAGAGUAGCAGAGCCACAGAGCUUGAUCGCCAGCCAAGAAACCUCACCGCGCACCUCACACCGUAGUAGCGCGCGCGAGCCAUGGGUUGCGCGAGCUCCAAGGACGUGGCGGUGGCCGACGUCGCGUACCGCCCGCCGGCCACGAGCGUGUCCCUCUUCGACAUCAGCGCCGUCGAGGAGCCGUGGCUCAUCGCCAAGCAGAGCGCCGACGCCGUCGUCGAGUCCGGCGAUGACGAGUCCGAGGAAGAAGAAGAAGAAGAAGAAGAGGAGGAAGAGGAGGAGGUGAAGAAGCCCACCCCCGGCGUGCCGCUCCCUAUCCUCGACAAGCUCGACGGCUACGAGCUCGCGCCGGCUUCUUGGUCCGAGGUGAGCAAGGCCCUGGAAGACAUCAAGCCCACGCUAGGCUCCAAGCCGCCCUCCGACCCCAAGCCCCUUCCCAAGAAAAAGAAGAAGAAGCAACAACAACAACAACCCGCAGCCGCCGAAGCGCCGGCCCAGCCGCCUCCACCGCAGACGCCGGCCCAGCCAGCUCCAUCGCAGACGCCUGCCGAGGCUGGCAAGAAGGCGUACAUGCCUGGCGCCGAGGACACAACAAAGAAGCCGCCGCCGCCGGAGCUGACGGGGCGGCGCGUGGUGAAGGAGAACCCGUUCCUGCUGCGUGACCGCGAGAGCAGCAAGAACGCGGACGGGACCGCCGCGCCCAGGUGGCGCCGGCGUGACCCGUUCGAGGGUUUCCCCGAGCGCCGGCCCCCCGGCGCCACGGGCGGCGGCGUGGUGCUGUACACGACGACGCUCCGCGGCGUGCGCCGCACGUUCGAGGACUGCGAGCGCGCGCGCGCCGCCGUGGAGACGUGCGCGGAGGCGGCGGGCAUGGGCGCUCUGGACGAGCGCGACGUGGCGCUGCACGGGGAGUACCUGCGCGAGCUCCGCGAGCUGCUGGCCGGCGUCGAAGAAGAAGGAGGAGCGUCCGUGCCCGUGGUGCCGAGGCUGUUCGUGAUGGGGCGGUACGUGGGCGGGGCGGAGGCGUGCGCGGGGCUCGCGGAGAGCGGGAAGCUCCGGGAGAUGCUGCGGUGGGCGAGGGCGCGCGGGGAGGCGUGCGCGGCGAAGGACGGCCGCGGAUGCGAGGGGUGCGGCGGCGCGCGGUUCGUGCCGUGCUGGGAGUGCGGGGGCAGCUGCAAGGUGCUGGUCGGAGGCGGCGACGGCGCGGGCGCGGCGGUCACUGUCGGCGGCGGCGUCGUGGAGAGGUGCGGCAAGUGCAACGAGAACGGCCUCAUGAUAUGCCCCAUCUGCCACUGAACCAGCUCGAUCGACGUACCGGAAUUUUAAUUUCAUGCAUCGAUCUGUGCAUACGUACACGAUCCUUGGGUCGCUCGUCGUUCUUGCCGCGGUCGAGCUUAAAAUCAAGUUAAAGCAUGUCCUGUAAUACUUAGGAACGGAGUGAUUACUGUACUAUGAAUACGGAGUAGUAGUUUACAGAAGAACAACGUACUGCGUGUUGAAUCAAUGAGAGGUAUACUCACUCCGUCCCAUAUUAAAUAACUCAAAUUUGUUCAAA